UCAGGAUCGGUGUGAUCGCUGAGCUCAUCAUAAAAACUUCUGCAGAUCAGUAAGUAACAAACGGGUGCUUGGCUUCUUUUGGGACACAUCGACAGGAGGGAUAGAAAUUUUAGAAAUUUAAUGUUGUUGAGAAGUGAAAUGGCUCAGAGAAAAACUCGGAUGCACUUGCAAAAAAUCUCCUGUUCCAUCUGUCUGGAUCUACUAAAGGAUCCGGUGACUAUUCCCUGUGGACACAGCUACUGUAUGAACUGUAUUAAAGAACACUGGAAUGGAGAGGAUCAGAGGAGAAUCCCCAGCUGCCCUCAGUGCAGGAAAGAGUUCAUACCGAGGCCUGUCCUGGAGAAAAACAUCAUGUUAGAAGAGUUAGUGGAGGAUCUGAGGAAGACUGAACUUCAACCUCCUCCAGCUGAUCACCACUAUGCUGGACCUGAAGAUGUGGCCUGUGAUGUCUGCACUGGGAGGAAGCUGAAAGCUGCCAAGUCUUGUUUAUCCUGUCCUGCUUCAUAUUGUCAGAAUCACCUCCAACCUCAUUAUGAUGUCCUUGGACUGAAGAAGCACAAGCUGGUGGAGCCCUCUGAAAAGCUCCAGCAAGACAUCUGCUAUCGUCAUAAUAAGGCGAUAAAGGUCUUCUGUCGUACUGAUCAGCAGUGUAUCUGUUAUCUCUGCUUAAUGGAUGAACAUAAAGGCCAUGAAACAGUCCCACUUGCAGCAGAAAGGGCUGAGAAGCAGAAGAAGCUCCAGGUGAGACGAGAAAACAUCCAGCAGAGAAUCCAGGACCAAGAGAAAGAUAUAGAGCUUCUUCAGCAGGAGGUGGAGGCCAUCAAUGUCUCUGCUGAUAAAUCAGCGGUGUACAAUGAAAAUAUCUUCACUAAGCUGAUCCAUCUCAUCCAGAAAAGAAGCUCUGACGUGAAGCAGCAGAUCAGAUCCCAGCAGGAAACUGAAGUGAGUCGAGUCAAAGAGCUUCAGGAGAAGCUGGAGCAGGAGAUCACUGAGCUGAAGAGGAAAGACGCUGAGCUGAAGCAGCUCUCAGACACAGAGGAUCACAGCCAGUUUCUCCUCAACUACCCCUCACUGUCAGCACUCAGUGAGUCUACACACUCAUCCAGCAUCAAUAUUCGUCCUCUGAGAUACUUUGAGGAUGUGACAGCAGCUGUGUCAGAGCUCAGAGAUCAACUACAGGACCUCCUGAGAGAGACGGGGACCAACAUCUCUCUGGCAGUCACUGGAGUCGAUGUUUUACUGUCAGAGGUGGAACCAAAGACCAGAGCUGGAUUCCUAAAAUAUUCACGAGAAAUCACUCUGGAUCCAAACACAGUAAACGGAUAUCUAUUAUUAUCUGAGGGGAACAGACGAAUAACAUUUAUGAACCAACAACAGUCUUAUCCUGAUCAUCCAGACAGAUUCACUGACUGGUUUCAGGUCCUGAGUAGAGAGAGUCUGACUGGACGUUGUUACUGGGAGGUGGAGUGGAAAGGAGGAGGAGUUUAUGUAGCAGUUUCAUACAAGAACAUCAUCAGAGCAGGAGAUUCAAAAAGAUGUUUAUUUGGAUUCAAUGAUAAAUCUUGGUCAUUAUUUUGUUACAGAAACAGCUACACAUUUUGCCACAACGACAUUCAAACUCCAGUAUCAGGUCCAGUUUCCUCCAGAGUAGGAGUGUACCUGGAUCACAGAGCAGGUAUUCUGUCUUUCUACAGCGUCUCUGACACCAUGACUCUCCUCCACAGAGUCCAGACCAUGUUCACUCAGCCUCUAUAUGCUGGAGUUUGGGUUCAUUAUGUUCAUGUUGGAUCCUCUGGAGAGUUUGUUAAACUGAAAUAGAGCCGAUCUGAGGUCCAGGUGGUUAAAAUGCGUAUUUUAGUUUCAGUUUCUACAGUCCCAAUCGUUGCUGAGAGCUCAUUGUGUUCAUUUCUUCACUGCUCAGAGAUCAGCUGUCUUUAUACACCUACUUUGUCCUCUUGUUUGUUGUUUUGUUGAUGAUGGAGUUUAUUUCCUGUUCUGCCCCCCCCCCCCCACACACACACACACACACCUCAUUCUGUUCAGCCAUGGAGGAUAUCACUGCUAAGGAGGGGUUUUAUUGACCUAAACAAGUAAGAUUUUAAUUUAUUGUUUUGUCAGACCAAAUGUUGAUGUUUUUUAAUCCAUGGAAACUAAUUAUCAUGAUGAACAUCAAUUGGGACAUCAACUGUUAUUUUACUGGACAAAGAUCAGAUUCUGGAUCAAAAAUUAGGUGGUUUUGUACUUGAACACACUGAAUCUGUGUUUUGUGCAGAAUUUAUUGAUUUAAUGUGUCAGCAUUUGACCUGUUUAGAGUAGACAGUUGUUCACUGCAGUUUAGGAUUCACUCAAUCUACGUUCCUACCCUCAUCUAUGGCCACGAGCUUUGGGUCGUGACCGAAAGAACGAGAUCCCGGAUA